AUGGCAACGCACAAGAUCUUCGCCCCCGGAGGCACCAAAGACUCUCUCCAAGCAGAACAAUACACCAAAGGAUCCCUGGACGAGUCUCAACUGGAUCCGAAUCCCUUCACGCAGUUUGAUAUCUGGUUCAAACAUGCCAACCAAGAAAACGUCCAUCAACCGGAGACCGUCACCUUAUCCACCGCCGAGCUGCCGUCUGGGAGAGUGAGCGCACGCAUGGUCUACCUUAAAGAAAUGGACGAUCGCGGCUUCGUCAUAUACAGCAAUUGGGGCACAUCGCGCAAGGCGUCUGAUGUGGCAUUCAACCCACACGCGGCGUUGACGUUCUGGUGGCACGAAUUGGAGCGGCAAGUUCGAGUCGAGGGUCCUUGUGAACGCCUCGCCGGCGAGGAGAGUCAGGUCUACUACGACACUCGCAUUCGGGGGAGCCGUACUGGAGCGUGGGCGAGCCCGCAGUCGCAGGUCCUCAAAGACCGCGCAGAGCUUGAGCAGAGGGUCAAGGACGUCGAGGACAAGUUUUCGGGCCAGGAGAAGAUUCCCGUGCCUGAGUUUUGGGGUGGCUUGAGAGUGAAGCCGGAGAUGGUCGAGUUCUGGCAAGGUCGUCCGUCGAGGCUACACGAUCGAUUCCGCUAUACGCGGGAUGAGGGAGGGGAGUGGAGGAUUGAGAGGUUGAGUCCGUGA